CGCAGAGUCAGCCGGCCCCACCGGACUCCUGCAGGCAAUCCCGACGACGCAGCGACCCAGUCCCAACCCCGUCUCUCCGGGCGCCCCGGCCGCUCCCGAGUCUCCGCUGGCCUCGGCGUCCUUGCCCUUCGCUGCGCCUUUGCCACCGCUCCCAGCUCCUGCGCCCCGGCACACCCAGGUUCUGUAUUGAGCACAAAGGCUCCACCAUGGAGCUGGUCUGGGGGCUAGGUGUCCUGCUCCUGUUGAAUGUGUGCGGAAGCAACCGCAUUCCAGAGUCCGGGGGAGACAACAGUGUUUUUGACAUCUUUGAACUCACUGGAGCUGCCCGCAGGGGCCCCGGGCGCCGACUGGUGAAGGGCCUAGACGCGUCCAGCCCAGCCUUCAGGAUUGAGAAUGCCAACCUGAUCCCCCCUGUGCCAGAUGACAAAUUCCAAGACCUACUGGAUGCUGUGAGGGCUGACAAAGGCUUCAUCUUCCUGGCUUCCUUGAGGCAGAUGAAGAAGACCCGAGGCACACUCCUGGCCGUGGAACGGAAAGACGGCACUGGUCAGAUCUUCAGUGUGGUCUCCAACGGCAAGGCAGGCACCCUGGAUCUGAGUCUGAGCCUCCCGGGCAGGCAACAAGUGGUGUCCGUGGAGGAAGCUCUCCUGGCCACCGGCCAGUGGAAGAGCAUCACGCUGUUUGUGCAAGAAGACCGAGCCCAACUCUACAUUGACUGCGAUAAGAUGGAGAGCGCGGAGCUGGAUGUUCCCAUCCAGAGCAUUUUCACCAGGGACCUGGCCAAUGUUGCCAGGCUCCGCGUUGCAAAGGGAGAUGUCAAUGACAAUUUUCAGGGGGUGCUGCAGAAUGUGAGGUUUGUCUUCGGAACCACCCCAGAAGACAUUCUCAGGAACAAAGGCUGCUCCAGCUCAGCCACCAACGUCGUCCUCACUCUUGACAACAACGUGGUGAACGGCUCCAGCCCCGCGAUCCGCACCAACUACAUCGGCCACAAAACGAAGGACCUGCAGGCCAUCUGCGGCCUCUCCUGUGACGAGCUCUCCAGCAUGGUCCUGGAACUCAGGGGCCUGCGCACCAUCGUGACCACUCUACAGGACAGCAUCCGCAAAGUGACGGAAGAGAACAGAGAGCUGGCCAGUGAGCUGAGGCGGCCCCCUCUGUGCUUUCACAAUGGAGUCCAGUACAGAAACAAUGAGGAAUGGACUGUAGACAGCUGCACUGAGUGUCACUGCCAGAACUCAGUUACCAUCUGCAAGAAAGUGUCCUGCCCCAUCAUGCCCUGCUCCAAUGCCACUGUCCCCGAUGGAGAAUGCUGCCCACGGUGCUGGCCCAGUGACUCUGCUGAUGAUGGCUGGUCUCCCUGGUCUGAGUGGACUUCCUGUUCUGCCACGUGUGGCAAUGGGAUUCAGCAACGCGGUCGCUCCUGUGACAGCCUCAACAACAGAUGUGAGGGCUCCUCGGUGCAGACAAGGACCUGCCACAUUCGGGAGUGCGAUAAAAGAUUUAAACAGGAUGGUGGCUGGAGUCACUGGUCCCCGUGGUCGUCCUGUUCUGUGACCUGUGGUGAUGGCGUCAUUACAAGGAUCCGGCUCUGCAACUCUCCCAGUCCCCAGAUGAAUGGGAAGCCCUGUGAAGGUGAAGCUCGGGAGACCAAAGCCUGCAAGAAAGACGCCUGCCCGAUCAAUGGAGGCUGGGGUCCCUGGUCAUUAUGGGACAUCUGCUCUGUCACCUGUGGAGGAGGAGUGCAGAGACGUAGCCGGCUCUGUAACAACCCCACACCCCAGUUCGGAGGCAAAGACUGUGUUGGUGACGUGACAGAAAAUCAAGUUUGCAACAAGCAGGACUGCCCAAUUGAUGGAUGCCUGUCCAAUCCCUGCUUUGCUGGUGCCAAGUGUACCAGCUAUCCUGAUGGUAGCUGGAAGUGUGGUGCCUGUCCUCCUGGCUACAGUGGGAAUGGCAUCCAGUGCCAAGACGUCGACGAGUGCAAAGAGGUGCCUGAUGCCUGCUUCAAUCACAACGGAGAACAUCGGUGUAAGAACACAGACCCUGGUUACAACUGCCUGCCCUGCCCGCCAAGAUUCACCGGCCCACAGCCCUUUGGCCGAGGCGUCGAACAUGCCACGGCCAACAAACAGGUGUGCAAGCCUCAAAACCCCUGCACGGACGGGACACACGACUGCAACAAGAAUGCCAAGUGCAACUACCUGGGUCACUACAGCGACCCCAUGUACCGCUGUGAGUGCAAGCCUGGCUACGCAGGCAACGGCAUCAUCUGCGGAGAGGACACAGACCUCGACGGCUGGCCCAAUGAGAACCUGGUGUGUGUGGCCAAUGCAACGUACCACUGCAAAAAGGACAACUGCCCCAACCUUCCCAACUCAGGGCAGGAAGACUAUGACAAAGACGGAAUUGGCGAUGCCUGUGAUGAUGAUGAUGACAAUGACAAAAUCCCGGAUGACAGGGACAACUGUCCGUUCCAUUACAAUCCAGCCCAGUACGACUAUGACAGAGACGAUGUGGGAGACCGCUGUGAUAACUGCCCCUACAACCACAACCCUGACCAAGCAGACACAGACAACAACGGGGAGGGAGACGCCUGCGCGGUGGACAUCGACGGAGAUGGAAUCCUCAAUGAGCGAGACAACUGCCAGUAUGUUUACAAUGUGGACCAGCGGGACACAGACAUGGACGGGGUUGGAGACCAGUGUGACAACUGUCCCCUGGAACAUAAUCCAGACCAGCUGGACUCUGACUCAGACCUCAUAGGGGACACCUGUGACAGCAACCAGGACAUCGAUGAGGACGGCCAUCAGAACAAUCUGGACAACUGUCCCUACGUGCCUAACGCCAACCAGGCUGACCAUGAUAAGGAUGGCAAAGGAGAUGCCUGCGACCAUGAUGAUGACAACGAUGGCAUUCCUGAUGACAGGGACAACUGCAGGCUGGUGCCCAAUCCUGACCAGAAGGAUUCUGAUGGUGAUGGCCGAGGUGAUGCCUGCAAAGAUGACUUUGACCAUGACAAUGUGCCAGACAUUGAUGACAUCUGUCCUGAGAAUGUUGACAUCAGUGAAACCGAUUUCCGUCGGUUCCAGAUGAUUCCCCUAGAUCCCAAAGGGACCUCCCAAAAUGACCCUAACUGGGUUGUGCGCCAUCAGGGCAAAGAACUUGUCCAGACUGUAAACUGCGACCCUGGACUUGCUGUGGGUUACGAUGAGUUUAAUGCUGUGGACUUCAGUGGUACCUUCUUCAUCAACACUGAGAGGGAUGACGACUACGCUGGCUUUGUGUUCGGCUACCAGUCCAGCAGCCGCUUCUACGUUGUGAUGUGGAAACAGGUCACCCAGUCCUACUGGGACACCAACCCCACGAGGGCUCAGGGCUACUCCGGCCUGUCCGUCAAGGUUGUGAAUUCCACCACAGGGCCUGGCGAGCACCUGCGGAAUGCUCUGUGGCACACAGGAAACACCCCUGGCCAGGUGCGCACCCUGUGGCAUGACCCUCGUCACAUAGGCUGGAAAGACUUCACUGCUUAUAGAUGGCGCCUCAGUCACAGGCCAAAGACAGGCUUUAUCAGAGUGGUGAUGUAUGAAGGAAAGAAAAUCAUGGCCGACUCAGGACCCAUCUAUGACAAAACUUACGCUGGUGGUAGACUAGGCCUGUUUGUCUUCUCUCAAGAAAUGGUGUUCUUCUCAGACAUGAAAUACGAGUGUCGAGAUUCCUAAUCAUUAGCUGCCGAUCAUAACCAGCGCUGGCAUUGCACCUUCUGGAACCAAGGGCUAGAGAAAACCUGCCUGCCAGGAUCACUUCUCCUCGCCUUCCUUGCUUUUCUUCUUGCAAUAGUGUGGACUUCUAGAGCAGGUGACCUGCCUCAGGAAAAUGCAGUUUUCAAACCCAGACUCAGCACUUGGCCCUUAAAGCGUGAGAAUGCCUCUCUCAAGAACAAGAAGAAUUACUUUGGUUUGCUUUGUAAAUGCAAAAGCAUCUACUUCCUUCUCGCUGGGAAGGUGCCUGGCUCAGAGAGCCAGGGCUUCUGUGAGGCCAUCUCUGAGCAGCACUCGGAGCAUUUUCAGGCACGUCAGAGAGAGAAGGACUCACCAGAACUCACCACCGUUCCACCCCUGACCUAGGUCCUCAGGAGUGGGCAGGGCGGAGUCAAAGCACAGCAAGGAUGCAUUCCCGAGACAAGACGACUGAAUGAAGAGAACAUGGAAGAGCUGUUACUUGCUCGGUACUGAAAGGGGACAGCAAGAGUCACUCUAUUUCCUCAUGCUGACGGUGUGAGCUGAUUGGCACUUGAGUGAAAGGCUGGCUCCUCCAGACUCCCAGCUUUCACACAGCCACCCGUAGUGGCCAGAGUAGGGGUGAGAAGUGUGAGGCUGUGCUGGCUGCCCUUGGCUGGUCACGCUGGAACUGUUGGUUUGUUCUGCACGUACAACGUUGCAGAUGCGGCAGGACAGCAGAACCCCACCAUCUCAGUGAGCUCUAGCUGCCCCUGAAGGAGGGGCGGUGCGCCUUUAUUUUAUGGUUAGAAAGGCACAAAGUUUCUAUCAACCUGACUAAAACAUUCCUUUUCUCUCUUCUUCCUCCCCUCCCCCAAUUACCUUGGAGUUUUCCAAUUUUCUUCUGGUUUUUGUUUAACAAUGUAAUAUAUUUAUUUUUUUUCUCCCUAUUUUGGAGGACCCGUCUGAAGGAUUGUUACUGAAAACAGAAAGCGUGGGACUGUCUGAAUCAUCUUCAUAGUGAGUCUUUAUGACUGUAAGAUUGUAAAUACAGAUUAUUUAUUGACCCUGUUCUACCUGGAAUUACCUUGCAGAUGGCAAACAUUUGCAAGCAGGUAGCUGAGUCGGAUCAGCAAAUCUCUCCAAAAACCAGCGUGUGGAAAGCCGGCGGAAGUGGCUGCUUUUCAUUUGCAGGCUUAGAGUGAAUGAUUGGGGCUCCUCUGGCUCUCCCCCUUUGUUUUCUCUAUCUUUUCAGGUGGAAUUAGGUGGCUGCCCAUUUGCACAGGUUUCUCCUUAUAAAGGAACCCAUGAGCGCUCUAAGGCUAGGCCCGGCCACCCCUCCUGCCUACUUCCAGGGAGAAGAAAACGUAAUCACCUUUUUUUUUUUUUUUUUUCAUUUUCCCAAAAGAGACAAAGGUGGAACUUAUAUACCAAUAUUACCUCAUUUGUUGUGUGAGUGAGUAAAGAAUUUUGGAUCAAGUAGAAAGAGUUUAAGUGUCAACAAACUUAAAACUACUGUCGUGUCUAAAAAGUCGGUGUUGUACAUAGCGUAAAAAUCCUUCGCAGAGGGCGAACCCAAUAAAGAAAUGGCUUGGAAAUGUUAAAUACAACUUCUCAACGUUCUGGUUUUGUUCUAUCAUCUUGUACACCGUUGCUUUAUUUUUAUAAAUUAUUUUAUCAUUGCCAUUGGAAUAGAGAUCUCAGACUAUGUAGAUACGCUAUUUAAAUAAUUUAUCAGGAAAUACUGCCUGGUAGAGUUAGUAUUUCUAUUUUUAUAUGUUUGCACACUGAAUUGAAGAAAUGUCAGUUUCUCUUGUUUUGUUUUAGUUUGUUUCUUUGGUUUUGUUUUUGUUUUUUUGCUUUUUACUCCCCAGUUUUUACUAUUUGCCAAUACCUUUUUUUCUAGGAAUGUGCUUUUUUGUACACAUUUUUAUCCAUUUUACAUUCUAAAGCAGUGUAACUUGUAUAUUAUUGUUUCUUAUGUACAAGGAACAACA